AUAACAAUUUAUGUUUUGUAGUGAAAUAAAUAUUUGUGUAAACUAUUAAUUGUACGAAAAUAUAAUUUUUGGUGAAAAAUAUUAAAAAAAUUUCUUAACGAAAUGCAGACAAAAGUACAAAACAUGCAAAAUUACCAUGGAUACACAAAAUGUGGCGAAAUAUUAAGACCGCCAUCGGAAAGCUUCCAGCGACCUUAUGUGCUGAAAUGUUUUAAUUGCAAGGAAAUUUAUUUACUUUUUGAGGCAUUCAUAUUCCAUUUGGAAGAUCAUUGCAGUGGUGCAAUUAAAUGUAUUCAAAAUCCUAAAAAUACUGUAUUCACCUCUGAUUCAACAAACAAUAAUGGUGAUGAUCAAAUGGAUUUUGGGGACACAAUUGAUGUUACAGACGUAAAUGUAAAAGUUGAGGAGAAUAAUUAUGCGAUGCAAACGGUAGAUCCUUUGAUUGUCGUAAAACCAGAAUAUAAUUCUGAAGAUGAAAGCUCUUCCAUGAAAGAAGAAUUAAAAUUGCCAGAGGCAACGAAAACUAAUAAGGAUAGUACUAAAAAUGAUGAAGAAAGUAAUUUAAAAUCAGUGGAGGAAGCAUGUGAAACAGAUGAUUCUAUGGAAAAUAUAAAUAAAACUAAUGGUGAAGAAUCUGACUGCAGUUAUGAAGAAAUAGACAAUAGCACAGAUAAUACUAUAACUUGUGAUGAAGAUGAAGAUGAUGAGUAUGAACAUGUUACUACAUCAAAGAAUUAUUGGGAAUGUCCUAAAAAACAGUUGCCUUUUAUUACUGAAUUUCUAAAGUCAAAGAGUGAUGUGACUGCUCUUAUUGAGGCCUAUAAAAAUCAACCUUCUUUAUGGAACAAAAAUUUUCCAUUUUUAAGAUAUAAAAUAAAACGACAAAACUGUUUGCAACAAAUUGCUCAAGAACUUAAGGAAAAACAGAAUAAGGAAAUCACUUGGAAUCAGGUUGCAAACAUUAUCGUAUAUUUAUGUAGAAAAUAUCGCGAAGACUUAAAAUGUAUUAAGGACAGUAAGGAAGGUGAUAAGAAAUACAGCCCAUCCUGGUUUUUCGAAGAAUUAAACUUCUUACGGCCAUUUAUGGAAAAUAAUCCGAUUGCAAAAUUAGACUCUCAUUUACCAGAUCUAUUGCCGGAACAAAUAAUAAAAAUAUUAGAAAUAUAUAAAGGAUUUCCUCAUCUCUGGAAUACGGAAUUAAUCGAACAUUAUUGUAAAAACAAAAUAAAUGUUGCCAAACAGGAAAUGUUGCAACAAUUAGAAACCAAGCUGGGAUUGAAAAUCACAGAGAACAUAUUGGAGGAUUAUUUUCGUACAAUUAAUAAUUGUUUUACGCGAGCAAAACGUAUCAAAUCUGACAGACAAAAAAACAAGAAAAGUAAAAGCUCUGUUGCAGAUGAAAAUACACAGGACGAUUAUUAUGAGCACAUGCUAUUUCUUUAUGAUCAUGUAGGUUUCUUUAAAUGCUCUGAAUGUCAACGCACCUUCAAGAGUACAUUGUGCUUAAAAAUACACCAAACUCAGGAACAUGGAUCAGAACCGCCUUCAUGUUCCUUGUGCAAAAAGACUUUCAAAACUGCCAAUUCAUUUACUAAUCAUGCAAAACGUCAUAUGGAGGACCUAAACCACGAGUGCAAAGAAUGUGGCAAGAAAUUUUUACAUUCCAAUGAAUUGCGUAUACAUAUGCGUAAUCAUACCGGUGCCAAACCGUUUUGUUGUGAGAUAUGCGGGGCGUCGUUUCGUCAUAUUCAAGGUUUUAGUAAUCAUCAUCGACGUCAUAUAAAAAACUAUCUCCAUACUUGUGGUAUUUGCAGUAAAGGUUUCUAUUCGAAGGAUCGUUAUAAUGACCAUAUGAAUGCCCAUUCAAAUAUUCGUUCGCAAAUAUGUACUGUAUGUGGCAAAGCAUUUAUAACGAAAAGAUCAUUGCAGCAGCAUGUUGUAAUACAUGAUGAUGUACGAAGGCACGCUUGUAAAUUAUGUGGUAAAACGUUUAAACACAAAACAGGAGUCAACCAGCACAUGAGAACUCAUGGUAUAGCGAAUAGUGAAGAAAAAAGUACUGUAAAUAAGGAAUAAAAUAAUUUUGUAUACAAAAUUUUUAUGUCUUAAGUUUUUUAAUUUAAAACAAAAUAAUGAAAGUAUU